GAGAGUGCAGUGAUGCUGCAGGUGCAACUGUGACAAUAUAGUCCAUCUAUAGAAAGAGAAAUACACCGAAAAUAUAAGACUAUAAACAGAGAAGAGUGGUGAGAAGUUCUACUACACUGUGGUUGUGCCUUAUCCGGAUCAGAUGCUGCAGAUGUUUUAGUCCAGGUUCACUGAUCCGGAGUGCUGAGCAGACCUACCUUUACGGAGAGCCCUUAUGAUGGUCCCCGGGGCCCCCAGCACGACCACCACCAUGCUCCCCGCCUCGGAGGCUGCCAAGAUCUACCAGACCAACUACGUCCGCAACUCCCGCGCCAUCGGCGUCCUGUGGGCCAUCUUCACCAUCCUCUUCGCCAUCGUUAACGUGGUGUGCUUCAUCCAGCCGUACUGGAUCGGGGAUGGCGUGGACACCCCGCAGGCUGGCUACUUCGGUCUGUUCCACUACUGCAUCGGUAACGGGCUGUCCCGGGACUUGACCUGCCAGGGCAGCUUCACCGAGUUCAGCGCCAUCCCCUCCGGUGCGUUCAAGGCCGCCUCCUUCUUCAUCGGCAUGUCCACGGUGCUGGUGCUCACCUGCAUCGGCUGCUUCGCGCUCUUCUUCUUCUGCAGCACCGGGACCGUUUACAAGAUCUGCGGCUGGAUGCAGCUGGCUGCAGGUACAUGUCUGAUUCUGGGCUGCAUGAUCUACCCCGACGGCUGGGACAGCGAUGAGGUGAAGCGAAUGUGCGGCGAGCAGACGGAUAAGUACACGCUCGGGGCCUGCUCGGUGCGCUGGGCCUACAUCCUCGCUAUCAUGGGCAUCAUGGACGCUCUCAUCCUGUCCUUCCUAGCCUUUGUCCUGGGGAACCGUCAAGACAGCCUGAUGUCUGAGGAGCUGCUGGGAGACAAAACUGGCAACAACGCCAUAUAAUCUGUCUGAUAAUGGAAAACAGACACAAGCAGGUUUCGCAGCCUAGAUGUGAUGUCACUUGAGGAUUCAGCUUCCCUGUCCUAGUUCAACCUGUGGCUGAGAAGUAGAGCUGAUUAAGGGAAAGAACGGAUCAGAGAAGAAGAGGAAGAGGUCUGGAUAAGGCCCAAAAAAUUAAUAAACAACCCCACCAUGGAGACUGGAUUGCCUCCUAAAACUUGUCUUUGAAAGCUCCCUCUGUAAAAUAACCUUCUUGUUCAUCUCAAGCUGCUCUUUCUUGCAGGAAAAUCAGACUUGACUUGAGUUUACCUGUGUUUUGG